AUGGCUUCCUCAUCGUCAUCAGCAGGAGCAGAACCUCCCUCUUCCAGCGGAAAUGAACCGAGCAACAACAGCAACAACAGUGGCCUUUGGAGCUGGCUACAGAAUUUUGCUGAUGAUCAGAGUUUGGGACGGUUGAAGCAGUGUCAGCAGUUGGCGGACAGCCUAGAGGCAUGCCAACAACAACAAUCAAAAGCCCCAGCAUUGGACGAGUUUGGAUUGGGAAAACGCUGGAUGGUUUACUUUGGAUGGCGUGAUUUGCCAAUUGCCAACAAGAAGGGAUGUGUUCCAGAGCAGCACGCUCUCUGGGGGUGCCGUGCCUUGUCGGUGCGUUGUGGAAGUGAAUUACAACAAAUGAAGCAUUGUUUUGAUGAGCAAGGCAUGGAAACCAUUCUGGCACAGCGCAAAACUGCCUAUACUUCUGCCAAAAAUAAGCAAGUUCAGGACAAGAUACCAUGCUAUGAGUUGCAACGGGUUGUGGGCAAAUGUAUUGCCAGAACCGCCAAAGAAAUGGAACAGAGAAAGAAUUCAAGGUGA